CAUGCCGCCGCCACCGCCGCUGCUUCUCCUCCCUCUCGGCCGCCUGUCUCCCCCGCCUCCAACACCUCCUCCUCUCUUUGCCUCCUCACCCAACCAGCACAGCCAGACCACGCGAUGUGGACGAGGAGGCAACAGAUCGGACGAGGAGGCAACAGAUCGGGAGGCGGGCAAGAGGAACCAGGUGGUUCUCCUUCCAUGGCCGGGCCUCGACCAGCCGCAUCUUCCUCCUCCCAGUCCGGCUGAGAGGAGUGGCGGAUCCGCCUCCUCAAGCGAGCAGGGGCGCACGGGGAUUCGAUCCAGGGAUCUCCUUGCGAGAGGCCGCCACCGUACCGACUCCAACCUGCAGCCUGUUCCAACUCAGAAAGUGACAGUUAUACAAGAAGAACCAGAUGCCACUGAAGAUGCCAACGGUAACCAUGUGUCUCAGUUUUCCAAGUAA